AUGGCUCCCAGGGAACCAGUCGACGUGCCUUCGUUUGCUAGCACGCAGCUGGCUCUGUUAGAGCGCGAACUGCAAAGCGAGGUGCAGGAAACAAGCUCCCUCAUUACCAAUCACAGCCCCGCCGGCCUACAGCGCGCUGGCCUGGCCAUCACCAACCUUGUCGUCUCUUCGCAGCGCACCGGCCUUGGCGGCCGGACAGUGCUGGAGCUUGGUCCAGAUAGUGCCACUUCCUCGACGGGCGAACUGCCAGAGCACGGUCUGCGUACCGGCGAUAUUGUGCUCGUGGCAGACCAGCCUGCGGGCAGUGCCAAGAAGAAGGAGAUCCAGGAGCUGGAGAAGAAGGGUGCCCGCGGCGUGGUGACCAAGGUGCACAAAACGUCCGUCUUUGCAGCAUUGGACGAGGGCAAAGAUGAGGUGGCAUUUGGAGGCAAAGUGUGGAUGGUCAAGUUGGCGGACGAGGUGACGUACCGAAGGAUGAACCAGAUGAUGGAGAAGCUACAAAAGAUGAGCGAAGCAGAAUAUUCGAGCUUCAUUCGGGUGCUGUUUGGGCUAUCCAGUCCAUCGCCAGUCCCAAAGGACUUGUCAGCGGACGAGGAGCUGAGCAAAAUCGAGUGGAUUGAUCCAACUCUAAACGACUCCCAAAAAGACGCUAUUCGAUUUGCGCUGGCAUCGCGAGAGAUUGCUCUGAUACACGGUCCUCCUGGGACAGGGAAAACGCACACAUUGAUAGAGCUCAUUCUGCAGCUCAUCAAGCUCAAAAAGAGAGUAUUGUCCCAAUUCUACGUCUGGGACACCCUGCUAGGCUGCUGCCUUCGGUGGUAA